GCGCUUGCGGAAACUGCCUUUAAAUAAGUGGUGUGAGUGAGAAGUUUUACACAGUUCCAUUUGGAUUCUACUCGGGAACUACAGACAGUAGUAACGGGGUAAACUACCACGAACCGGCCGUCGCCCUGAACAGUAUCCAGUUGGGACAAGACAAUCAGAACCAUGUGUGGGAUCUUUGCCUACCUCAAUUACUGUGUGCCUCGCACCAGAAAGGAGAUAUUUGAGACGCUGGUGAAGGGACUGCAGAGGCUGGAGUACAGAGGCUAUGAUUCAGCAGGCAUAGCUGUGGACGGCAACAAGAAGACGACAGCAGAAGACAACAGCAACAUUGUUCUCAUAAAGAAGAAAGGCAAGGUCAAGGCCCUGGAUGAAGAGCUCUACAAGAAAGACGGCAUGGAUCUGGAGGCGGAGUUGGACACACAUUUUGGCAUCGCUCACACACGCUGGGCUACCCACGGUGAACCCAGUGCCCUCAACUGUCAUCCCCACCGCUCCGACAAGAACAACGAGUUUGUUGUCAUCCACAAUGGCAUCAUCACCAACUACAAAGAGUUAAAGAAGUACCUGAACUCCAAGGGCUACGAGUUUGAGUCAGAGACGGACACAGAGGUCAUCCCUAAACUGAUAAAAUAUGUUUACGACAACCGUGAGAGAGACGACCUGUCCUUCUCUACGCUGGUGGAGCGGGUCAUUCAACAGCUGGAGGGGGCCUUCGCUCUGGUGUUCAAAAGCCAUCAUUUCCCCGGAGAAGCUGUAGCCACCAGGAGAGGAAGUCCUCUGCUCAUUGGUGUGCGGAGCAAGUAUGAGCUGUCUGCAGAGCACAUCCCAAUCCAGUACAACAGUGCGCCAUACUACUCUGUCCUGAGGGACUGUGCAGUCACCCCAGUGUUUACAGCACGACAGGGGGCUGCUGAGCCCGUAGAUCUGUUCAAGGAGGGGGUCCAGGAGAAAAACAGCCACAACCGGCCAGACAACUCCACUGCUGUGAAUUCAGCUGGAGACGGCAAGGCUGUGGAGUACUACUUUGCCUCUGACGCCAGUGCCAUCAUAGAGCACACCAACAAGGUGAUCUACCUGGAGGAUGAUGACAUAGUAGCAGUGGUCGGGGGCAAGUUGUCCCUCCAUAGGCUGAACAGCCUGGCAGGGGAGGAUUCAGUCCGGGCCAUCCAGACCCUCCAGAUGGAACUACAGGAGAUUAUGAAAGGUAACUUUGAGGCAUUUAUGCAAAAGGAGAUCUUUGAGCAGCCAGAGUCUGUCUUCAACACAAUGAGGGGGCGGAUCUGUUUUGACACCAACAAAGUGAUCCUGGGAGGGCUGAAGGACCACCUGAAGGAGAUCAAACGCUGCAGACGUCUCAUCGUGAUUGGCUGUGGAACGAGCUUCCACGCUGCUGUGGCUACCAGACAGAUUCUGGAGGAGCUGACAGAGCUUCCUGUCAUGGUGGAACUGGCUAGCGACUUCCUGGACCGCAACACGCCCGUCUUCAGAGACGACGUCUGCUUCUACAUCAGCCAAUCAGGUGAGACAGCAGACACCCUGAUGGCUCUGAGGUACUGUAAGGAUAGAGGAGCUCUGACGGUGGGGGUCACCAACACAGUGGGCUCCUCCAUCUCCAGAGACACAGACUGCGGGGUGCACAUCAACGCCGGCCCAGAGAUCGGGGUGGCAAGCACCAAGGCCUACACCAGCCAGUUUGUGGCUCUCAUUAUGUUUGGUCUGAUGAUGAGUGAGGACAGGAUCUCCCUGCAGCCGAGGAGGCUGGAGAUCAUCAACGGACUCAGGAUACUCCCAGACAUGAUCAAGAAGGUUCUGACUCUGGAUAAGAAGAUCAAGUCAAUAGCAGAUGAGCUGUAUCAGCAGAAGUCUCUGCUGGUCAUGGGACGAGGCUUCAACUAUGCCACCUGUCUGGAGGGGGCGCUGAAAAUCAAGGAAAUCACGUACAUGCAUUCAGAGGGCAUCCUGGCUGGGGAGCUGAAGCACGGCCCCCUGGCUCUGAUUGAUAAGCACAUGCCGGUCAUCAUGAUCAUCAUGAGAGACGCCUGCUACACCAAGUGUCAGAACGCACUGCAGCAAGUCACAGCCAGAUCGGGGCGGCCGAUUAUCCUGUGUUGCCAGGACGACCCGGAGGUGUCUAAGAAUGCGUAUAAGACCAUCGAGCUGCCUCAGACAGUGGACUGUCUCCAGGGCAUCCUCAGUGUCAUCCCACUGCAGCUCCUGUCUUUCCACCUGGCCGUGCUACGAGGAUACGACGUGGACUGUCCCAGGAACCUGGCCAAGUCUGUCACUGUGGAGUAAAGACAGACAGACAGGAGGCAGUAGAGACCAUAACACUGCUCUGCCUUUGCUCAAGAGAGAUACUGAGUGGAGGCUUACACAUCAAUGUGCAAUUGUGUGUGUGUGUGUGUGUGUGUGUGUGUGUGUGUGUGUGUGUGUGUGUGUGUGUGUGUGUGUGUGUGUGUGUGUGUCAGUAUAUGUGUGAAUAGAGGGACAUGUGUGUGACAUUGUUAUAGCAGAGAAAUGUAAUGUCCUACCAUCACACUGUUGAGGCGGUGCCAUUGACCUUUUGGGCACAUCUCACGAGUUUUUGACCAUCUGUCCAAUCAGCAGCAUAAUCACCAAUAAUGUUUCCAAAGCAAGAGACUUUCACUAUACACUACUGUACUGUGCCUUGUACCCAGUUGGUGCCUUGUCCACAAACAGUUGAGCCAAAAAUACAAAAUGUAGGAAUAAUGCAUUGACUUGGUGGAUUGAAGUGCUUACAACUGUGCAAUAUGGGAAAAAGUGCAUUGUGAAUGUUUAUGAUAAUAUUCUCUUCAUGUUUAAUGGGCUCUCUGUCCUGUGGGACAUCUUGGGAAGUGUGGUCUAUUCCAUAGCAUUCCGUUAUUCAGUAGUGCCUAUUGAGCCCCACAGUGGAAGUGUCAUAAUUCCCAUAAAACAUAGCGGUCAAACAGGGAAAUGGUUCCAAUCGUUUUUCCACCAUUCAUUUUUCCCAUAGGGAAUUUU